AUGAAAAUGGCUUCAGAGCUUGCGUACAACAUGUUCAAAGCUUCAUCUGUUUUUUCUUUCGUCUCUGCUGGAUUGGGUGAUGUAUUAGCCAUAGGUAGUUCUUUUAAGAAUAUGGAUGCUUGGAUAGAAAAGGCUGAAGCUCUGGAGCUGAAGUGCCCGUGUGACCGAGCCGAAAGAUGUCCUCAAAAUGUAAAGAAGUGGUAUAAGAUUUCUUUUGACUCUGUUGGGGAAAAGGCAUGCCAGAUGGAAAAGUACCAAAAAUAUGCAGAGGCUUUGAAAACCCUUCAAGAUGAGGUGGUCGGUCUAAGACAUACGCUCAAUAAUGCUCUUCAAUAUACUAUGCAGGAAUUGCUCAAGUCCGAGAACAAGUGGUUGAGCGGGCAAGGAAGUUCUACUCAGAUGUUGUGA